AGCCGCUGAGCUUAGUCACAAAUCUGUUGCGACUGGUAACGCUUGAAUGGGAUUCUGAGCUCUCUCUCUCUCGCUCUCUCCUCCAUUUGGGAUCUGUUAUCUGGAUUUGUGUCAGCUUUCGUAAUGAGUUUGUCGAAGCAUCUCAAGGAGCUGCAUGGAGCAGAGCGUCAGCAAUUUUUGGACUCCUUUGAUCUGGUCUUUUGCGAUUGUGAUGGUGUGGUCUGGUAUCCGCUUCGCGACUUCAUACCCGGCUCCGCACGGGCUCUGGCCCAUCUGCAGCAACUGGGCAAGCGGCUGACAUUUGUGACCAACAACAGCAUCAGUUCUCCGGAGGAGCACAUCGAGAAGUUUGCCCGUCAGGGCAACCUGAAGAUAGAGAAGGAGCAAAUCGUGCAUCCGGCCCAGACCAUUUGCGAUCAUCUAAAGUCUAUAGCGUUCCAGGGACUCAUCUACUGUCUGGCUACGGCACCCUUCAAGCAGCUGCUCCGCGAUGCAGGCUUCCACUUGGCCCAAGAGACCGGACCGACUGUCAUCACGAGCCUGAAGGAUCUUCAUGAGGCCAUUUUUGACGGCGAGCCUGUACAGGCCGUUGUCAUCGAUGUGGACUUCAAUAUGUCGGCGGCCAAGCUGAUGCGUGCACAGGUCGAGCUGCAGAAUCCUCAGUGCCUGUUCCUGGCUGGUGCCUCGGAUGCGCUCAUACCCUUUGGCCAGGGCGAGAUUAUAGGUCCUGGAGCCUUUGUCAACGUAGUGACCGAAUCGGUGGGCCGCCAGCCCUUGGUGCUGGGCAAGCCGGGCGAUGCUUUGCGCCAGCUACUGCUGCAACGCCAUCCGGACAUACCGCCGCAACGUGUCCUCUUUGUGGGCGACAGUCUGGCCAGCGAUAUUGGGUUUGCCCGCGCCAAUGGCUACCAGACGCUGCUCGUUCUCACUGGCGGCACCAAGGCCUCGGAUGUGACACGCCUGCCAGCGAGUCAUCCACAGCUGCCCGACUUUGUUGCCGAUUGCCUAGGGGAUCUGGUCGAUAUCGAUUGACGCUUGAGCUUCAGCCUUUACCUAAAGGUAAAAGAACAUUUAAAGGGUAUCUAGUGGUCGUAUCACAGCGCAGCGCGUCCCAUUCCAUGUGUAGCCAUAGCCGUCAUAGUGUAUUGUUUGAAGUGCCAACUGUAUUUCAGAUAACGAUUAAAAUAUGAUGUUGUGCUGAUUAGCAA